AUCUACUUGGCGGCAUCACUUAUAACUCCUCAACCCCCUCCACGCCUCCCAGAACAUCACCAGUUCGAGAUCAGAACAUCCACCCUGCACACUUCGUCCCCGUACUUGGCUAUUUCGACUAGCUAUCGACCCAUAUUGGAUCUAUACUUUGCAACUACUCCAGUAUCUCUUCAGACUCUUGCCUGUUCUGCCGGUUUUCGACCAUACAGUGUCAACUUCACGUUCUCAUCAGCCAUCUUACUGGCUUGUCUAGUCACGACCAACCGCAAUGAUUCACAGGCAGGCCUUUGUGGCCGGUAUCAUCUCAUCGGGCGCCUCCUCUCCAAGUGAACUCAGCAGCGAGCUAGUACUAGGAACGAAUACCGCCAACAAACCAGCUCCUUACCAGAGGUCCAACAUCGACAUCAACAUAACGAACCAUUACAGCUCCAAGAUCUACACAUCUUCCUCACCUAUCGUUGGCGAUGUUACCAUCACAACCAAGCGAGAUGUUCGGUUCGACUCCAUCGAAAUCCUUCUGCUCGGAAACACAAGGACAAAGACAGAAGGUGUGAACGCACCCGUUGAGAUUGCACAUACCUUCCUCAAGCUGGUCAUGCCCAUCCCAUCGUCGACAUAUCCAGUGCCGAGGGUGCUUGAAAACGGAAAAACACUAACAAUACCCUUCAACUUCGUCAUCCCAAACCAACUGACUAUUGGGGCCUGUAAUCACAACGUGCAGACGGAUCAAGUACGAGAUCAACACGUUCUGCUACCACCAAGCAUGGGAAAGGAAUGGGAGAUAGACGACAUGGCACCUACGAUGGCCUCGGUCGAAUACAGCAUCAAAGCCAGGGUACUACACCAACCAAAUCUGGGAGGAGAGCGGAUCAGGAUCAUGGAGGCUCGGAAGUCCAUCCACGUACUACCAGCCUCGCCAGAGGAGCCGCCUCUCAACAUCACCGAAAACGACCAGCUUUACUGCAUGUACAAGAAGAAGUCUCUGCGCAAAUUCCUCUCGUCCAGAAUCGGGACCUUGACGGCCGAAGCCAUCCAGCCCCGGGCCGCCAUCCUCCAAUCCAACGGCCGAACCAUGACCUCCACCCCCAUGGCCCAAAUCCGACUAAAGUACGAGCCCAUCUCAUCGCAACAGCACCUCCCUCCACCCUCCAUCACCAACAUCUCCGGCAAAGUCACGGCCCACACUUUCUUCAACGCUGGCACGACGCCCACCUUCCCGAACCUGGGUAACUGGACCGCCGACUACUCGACAGACAAGCGCGGAGUUUAUUCGACAUCCGUGCCGCUGCCCAAGCUCUCCGUGGUCCACCCGACGACCUGGCAACAACACCCUUGUUCGCUCAUCGAGAGGCGAGACUCUGGUUACGCCAGUGACCGUAGCAGUAGCAGUGCCUCUGAGACCGAAACCCGACAAUUGAUCCCCCCAUCAUCACCACCACCACCACCAACAACCUCAUCCAUGCCCUCCUCCAGGUCCUCCUUCUCCUCUACGAAAAAGGCCAGACCCUCAUCAUCAUCAUCAUCAUCAUCGACAUCAUCAAUCUACUUAACCUCCACCCUCUCCAUCCCCCUUUCCCUCCCUCUCGACCGCCGGACCUUCAUCCCCACUUUCCACUCCUGCAUCGUCUCGCGCGUCUACACCUUGACUCUCUCCGUCACCGCUGCCGUUGUUGGUAGCACCUGUGCCAGCACCACUUUCUCCCUGACACUACCACUACAAGUAGCAGUGGAGUGGGAUCCCGAGCAGCAGGAGCAGCAGAGGGUGGAUGGACAGGGGUUGCCGCAUUUUGAGUCGUUGUAUGGUACUACUACUGGUGCUAAUGGUACCAAUGGUACUACUGAUAUGGAGGGAGUAAAUGAGGAGGAGGAAAUGGCGGCGGCGGAGGAGCAUCUGAGGCCGAGGGUUAUUGGGUUGCCGCCUGAUUCGUGGUAUCGGGAGAUGCAGAUGCAGCGGGAGAGUCACAGGGAGCGAGAAAUUGGAAGGGAAGUGGUGAGGGGGGCUGAUAAUGGUGGUGGGCAGCAGCAGCAGCAGGUGAGGGUGGCAGAGGAAGGAAGGUUGCCGGGGUAUGGGGAGGCUAUACUUACCAGGUGAUUUUUCGGUCUCAUUUUGUCUUCAUUUUCUUUUGAUCUUUCCAGCUCCAUUGUUGUGAUGUGUUUUUCUGGGCUUUUGGCAUAUCGGAACGAAAAAUAAGUGCGGAUAUCGGAUGUGGGAUGAUACCAUGACGUGGAUAUGGAUAGCAAUUCCCUUGACUGGACAAGGAUGAAGAAUGUAGUUUAUUUACUUUCCCCCUUUUUUUCUUGGAGAACGACUAGGGGUAUAAUGGAUAAUACCUAUAUAAUCUUGAAUAACCGAAACCGUCAACAUCAGCAUAUACCGCGCAUUCCUCUCAAAUACU